UCAUCGCAUUGCAAUAGAUUUUUGCUAAGGGAUUUUGCAACGUUCUGCACUGCAUUGCUUUGUAGAUAACGAGGCUGAGGCUGAAUGGGGGAAAGCCGGGGAUGGCCUGGGAAAAUUGUAGCACUUGAUCAGACCUGACUGUCUGAAAAUGUCUGAAAAUCUUAGGAAGACAUUUGGCUUGGAUUUUGAUUUUGAAAAGUUUGUUGGGGACGAUGACAGCGAGGGCGCAGAUGGCGGAGAGGAGGACCCGACCGCUGGGCCAGAUGCCACCUCCCCGGUGCCGGUACCCGGGCAGAGCUCCCCCGAGGACGAGGACCGGUUCGACUCCAUGGGAAUCUCGGCUGAUCACGUGCUCGCCGAGUACAUGGAAAUGGCCAAAACGCCGCCGCGCGCCACGCGACGGCAGAAGGAGAAAAAAGCGUACAGGAACCAGGCACAGGCGGCCAGUAAGAACCUGAAGGCCAGUCUGAAGCGGCGCUCGUCGAUGGACCGCUACCUCUCACUGCCAGUGUUCAUGGAGGGCUCCGACGAGCCGCCGGCAGAAGACACGGUGGACUGGCAUAGAGGUGGUCUGACUGUGGCCAUGGUCUGA